AUGAAUUCUGCUUUAAAGCCGGUGCUGCCUCAGCCGGGAGUUGUGCAGCCGGGCGGUCAGGCGAGCCCUGCUAAGGGGAACGUUGCCAACGCAAACCACGCAGUGGGACAUCCGCAAGGUGCUCAAAACUCUCUACAUCACGCCUCCAACAACAUCGCCGUACAGAACCUGACACACCACGCGCCCGCGCCGAUACCUGUUCCGUUAGGGCACGCAGCGCCUCCCAUGGCUCCCGUGUCUGCUAACAUGGCGCAAAUGGCACAAAAUAUGAGUCACCAUGGCAACCUCUCUCACGUUACCCAGAACUCUGUAGGACCUUCAAACUUGGUUGCAAGUCCUACCAAAGGUGGUAACGCCAACACACCACUGAGCCUUGUCCAAGAGAAAGCUCUUGCACUUACAAGGACACCGGAGAAGACUGAGCCUGAUUCCACUGGUCAGUCUAAUGGCACUGUUGAUUCUCCCAAGUCUGGAGCAAGUGCCCCCUCAACACUGAAGCCUCAGAACCCUGAAUCUAAUAAAGAUAAACAGGACAUUGCUAAAUCGUCUCCAAGCACACCAAAACCUCCUGAAAAGCUAUCUAGUGCUCCGAGUACUCCUCAAAAACCUGAGUCUGUAAAUGUGGUUAGUACUGCUGAUAGUCCAUCUCAACCAAAAGUGGCUGUAGCAAAUGAACUUCCAGAGAAAUCACCUGCAAUAGCAACUAUUGAACAGAAACCAGCUCCAACAGCAGAUGUAGCACCAUCACAAAGUGACAGCAAGCCAACGCCAGAAUCAGCAAAUGAUAGUCAACUACAAGAAAAGGUACCCACACCCAAACCUGAGUCUCCUGCUGAAAGUGCAAAACCUUCUGAAAGUGUUGAAGUACAGGAAAAAAAAGAGGAUGCUAAAGUUGAAUUGAAACCUGAAUCCUCAACUGUUAAUGAAGAAAAGAAAGAGGAGGUAAAACCAGGGAAGGCUGAAGAGCCUAAGAAAGAAGAGGAAACACCUGUCGAAAAAGCUGAUAAAGAUGAGAAGGUGGAAGAGAAAGUAGAGGAAAAGAAACCUGAACCAAAACCUGCUAAAUCUGAGUCUAAACCCAAGCCUACUCUGAAAUUGGCAACAGUGACUACUCCAAUGAGAAAGAGACGCCAAACAUCUCCUAGCAAGUCAACUGAUGGUGUCAGUCCAGCCAAGAAACCUGCUGAUGGUGACUCUACUCCUGAUGCAAGAACAAAGAGAAAUAGGACAAAGGUGCAGCUGUACCAGUCUCCAACUCCAGAGCUGGCCAUGGCUACUAAGUUGUCAGCUUCUGCGGGCCGCUCUACUCCGACUAAACCUAAUGAUGACAAACUGAUUGUCUUUUACAAGAACGAAUACUUGGCGGUGCGCAACGCCGAGGGAGGCUUCUACGUAUGUCAAGCUAUGCAAAAUGUGUACCGUACCACGCGCAAGAUCAAAAUCCGCUGGCUGUCACAAGACAAAGCUUCUGACCCCUCUGGAGAAACAUACAAACCCGACUUCUAUGACACAACAGACAUGGAGUGCGUGCUGACGACGCUGUCGCUGUCGCGCGGUACGGGCGGCGCGCAGCUGCUGCGGGCGGCCGAGGCGGCGCGCGCGCGCUCCAUCCUGCAGCGCGCGCUCCAGGCCGAGGCCACGGGCGAGCGCGACCGCGCCCUCACCGAGGAGCACCCCGACGGUCUGGACCUGUCCCUCUACAAGGACGAGUCACAGUUGGACAAGAAGUCGCGCAAACGUAACAGCUCUAAAUCUUCGCCUAAAGCCAAACAAGAUAACUCAAACGCAUCAGAGGAAUCGGUGACGCCCGUGAAACGUGCGCGAACGACGCCAAAGCGCAACCCAAAAAGCGCUCGCAAAGCUAAGACUCAAACGCCGCAUAAACAGCAAAACAACAAACGAAAAUCGGCAGGUACCACGCCCACUGUGGCGAACACAAGCAAGACUGCGACGGCCGUGAGUGAGAAAUCUAAAGCCAAGAGCACGCCGAAGCGAACGUCUCCCAAACAGAAAUUAACACCGGCAGCUACUCCCACGCGUAAAGGUAGAAGAUCUGUAAAAGAAAGCAAACCGUCUCCGAUAGUGGCGACACCCUCCACGUCCACCGGCAAGACCACCCGCACGCCGAGAAAGCCGCCCGCGAAGAAAUAA